CCCGCUCGAUCCACCGUUCGUUUGCUCUAUACCUUUGUGUUAAUUGUAUUGAGUUUUGUCGGGAAAGAUUUAAAAGGAUUUCAAAACAAUGCUGGAGCUGACUUUCCAACACUUUAUCAAACAUGAUAUUUCUAGUCCAUACAAUACUAAACAAACAAAAAUGCACUACCUAUCUAGCUAGAACUUUAAUUACAGUAUGCAUUGGUUAUGUUUGUAGACAUUGUGAUUGUGGAAUUUUAGGUGAAGUGGCAGAUCCGGCUCCUGGAAACAAUACCAAUUCCCAUGACAAGACGAGAAGAGUAGAAAAUGGCUAUCCGAACGGUUGGUGCCGAAAGCUUUGUCGUUUCUUGUAUUGCAACAACCUUAGGCAUAGCAAUUACAGUGGCAUUUUUAACUUUCAACGUAUUUCAUCGAAAGAAAAGGUUCAUUAAAAUGUCGAGCCCGAACCUUAAUGUUCUGAUAAGUGUGGGUGGACUGUGUCUAAACUUUGCCUGUUUGAUGUACGGGAUGGAUUUCUUCUUGGCAGAGCGAUACCCCGAGGCUACCGUCACGUGCCAGAUCCGCCUCUGGAUGAUUACCAUAGGGAUAUCUAUGGUAUUUGGCCCGAUGUUUGCCAAGGCUUGGAGAGUCUAUCAGAUUUUUCGUAAUGCUGGAAUCAAACGAGUGGUGAUAAAAGACAGUCGUCUCUUUUUGAUGUCGUCCUUAUUUAUCCUGGUUGACAUUGUGAUCUUGGCGAUAUGGCAGAGCGUCGAUACCAUGACAUCGAAGAAAAUGAAAUAUCUUAGAAUGACUGGUGAUGAAGGUGUACAAAAUGGCACCCAUAAUUCCGGAUACGCUUCAAUACAGGAAUGUUCAUCUAAUGGAGCCUCAUGGGGGUUAGCAUUGCUUCUGCUGUGGAAGACUGGUUUGUUGGGGUAUGGGCUAUAUUUAGCUUGGCAGACGAGAAAUGUGACCCUCCCUGCAAUGCGAGAUUCUCCCAGUAUCAUCAUCAGCAUUUUUUGUACACUUUUGUUAUCUGCACCCACCUUUAUGCUGACCACACUAUUACGUCACACACUAGACGGAGUCUACAUAACGGAAAUUCUCAUAAUUACUAUUUGUACCGUGGUGGUACAAAUGACAGUAUUUCUUCCUAAGGUACGAUACUGGUGGAAAUGUCCUUUGGAAAAGCAAUCGAAAAUGUCAAUAUCAUUGUAUGACUUCAAGCAGAAGACAUCAGCAUCUACAGAUGACAUUGUUUUCCAACUUCAAUCAGAAAAUACUCUCUUAAAACUUAAUGUAAAAGAGAAAGUUUCACAGGUUAAAGAACUCGAGGGAAAGCUUGCUCAUUUAAGACGGAAAAUGUCGGCAUUAUGCACGGAUGAUGACGAUCGUCGAGACAGUGGGUUAGAUGUGGAUCUCGGGAUAUCGGAGAUUAAAGAACCAACCACCGUGGAUACCCCUAUAGCAGCAGAUCCUAGUUCUGAGAAGAAGGAAGAAAAUAUGGCAUCCACAAAUAAAGUAAACCCAAAUAGAGAGGAAAAUUCGCAGGCGUUCGACAGGUCCCAGUCCGACACUACUGAAAUGAAAUUAUAUAAAAAGGGGAAAGAUAAACGGCGGAAAAAGGUGCUGACAUCUACACCUGAUAUAUACAAACAGUCGAGAUGUUGGACAUUUUCGUCAAUGCGAUCGAGACAAGACAUAGUGGGUUCAGUGACAAAAAGUUAUGAUUUAGAGGAGAACGAAGACACAUUUUCGUAUGUCAGUAAUUACCUUCCACCCCCUCCCCCGUCAGAACAGAUCGACUUUUCUCUGAAAAACAAUUCUAUAUAUGCAGCAACAGAAAAUGAUGUUCUUAGCAAUGACAUGCUCUAUCCAUUAUCAAACAGCGAUUCUUCCAAUCCCUGCAAUAAGGAGCCAGAAAUUAACGGCAAUAUAAUAAAUGGAGACUGCAUCACGCCCGGUAAAACUUGCUAUGUUUAGAACUGUGUUCUUGACGGAAGAAAGACAACUCUCUAUGUGCAUUUUCAAAUUCCAUAACGAACGAAAUAUGAAGUUGAAGAAUUUUCCGUAAUAAAAGUAGAUAAUUUAUUUUAAGUUGAUCAACGCAUCAGCUCAUAACAUUUGUUUAUAGAAAGCCAUCAAAUGGUCAAUAUAAGAAAAAUCCAUAUUCAUGUGUGCCUUGCUUUUAGACGUGGUCUUGGUCUAUAUAUAUAUAUUUAUAUAGACAUUAUGGCGAUAUAUGAACACAUUACAAAAUGGGUGAUACUGUAUUUUCACAAUAUUGUGCCAAUGUAAAAUAUUACUUGUAUUAAAAAUUAAUCGAUUUC